AUGGUCAGCAGUAAAACAAAUCGAAUCCCCCGUAAAUUUAUGCUAGAUGAACCAAAAGCUCGCGACCCACUUUUCCACUUCUCACAAUGGUUUUUUAGCCCUGCACCGAAACCUACCUGGUAUCACAAUGGUCGCGAAAUCAGUGAAGAUACUGAUGAAGGAUUUCGGUUCGAGUCGUACGGGAAAACGCUGGUAUUCAACGUAACGCAAGACAAAGCUGGCAAAUAUGACUGCCGUUUUCCCGUACACAAUGACAUCGACAGGGCUUUCAACGUGGUAGUGGAAGCCGCUCCGUACUGGCCAGAUGGACCGCCACCGAACACCAACACCAGCGAAGGUGAAACGGUCACCUUUGACUGUACGACGAGUGGCAAACCCAUACCAAAAGUCACUUUCUACAAAAAUGGCGUUGGUAAGUGUUAG